UCUGCAUGUGAGUCUCAGAGCAGUGAAUUAGGCAGCAUGAUGAAGGGUGCGUGUGGAAUAAUCGUCAUCCUCCUUUUCUCUGCUGCUGUGUUGGCAAAAAAGAUGCGUUGGUGUGUAGUGUCAGAGCCAGAGCAAAGGAAAUGUGCAGAUUUGGCCAAAGCACUUGGAGCUGCUUUUUCUCCUGCAGCCACAUUGUACAGCCAGCUGUCGUGUGUGAGAGCCUUCAGCACUGCUGACUGCCUCAGUAAGAUACGGGACAAUAAAGCUGACCUUGUGACUCUGGAUGCUGGAGAGGUUUACUCUGCAGUAAAGCAGUUUGGUCUUGCAGCAGUUGCAAAAGAGAUCUACAAUGAUGGCACCUGUCUCUUGGCAGUGGCAGUAGUGAGAAACACAAGCUCAAUAGACAUCCGUUCUCUUAAGGGAGCUAAAAGCUGUCACAAUGGAGCUCGCUGGACCUCAGGCUGGAAUUUGCCUUUAGGGCAAUUGCUUUCCCACAAUCUCCUGCCCUGGGCUGAAGGACAGCCCCUCAGUCAGGCUGUCAGUGCCUUCUUUAAUACCAGCUGUGUGCCUGGAGCUGGAACAAUGCCAUUCAGCAACCUGUGUUCCAGAUGCCAGGGUCAGAAGUCGUAUGUCCCACAGAAGAACAUUUACUGUGAGACAUCUCAUAGUGAACCAUUCUACCAUAACCAAGGGGCACUCAGAUGCCUGAAGUAUGGAGCAGGAGAUGUGGCCUUUGUGGAUCAUACAGCCCUGGAAAGCAUAGAUGACAGCGUAAAGGAUGAAUACAGGUUAUUGUGCACAGAUGGCACUCAAGCUCCACUGAACAGUUUCAGAAAGUGUAAUUUCGGCCGUGGACCUGGUGGAGCUGUGGUUACACGUAUAAACAAUCAAAACCUUGCUCGCAAGUUCCUUUCAGCAAUUCAGACAGCAUUUGGCCGGAAGGGAAGAGAGAAGCAUCGUUUCCAGCUUUUUGAUUCAUCAGUUUACAGAGUGGGUGAUUUGCUGUUCAGAGACGUCACUGAUAAACUGUUCAUACUGCAACAAGGCAUAGACAUCAGUCAGGUUCUGGGACUGGACUAUGUUGCUUUGCUCAAAGGGUUAAGGCAUGAAGGUAGCUCUCUUGAGGACAGCGUGGUGAGAUGGUGUUGUAUAAGUCAUGCUGAACAGGAGAAAUGUGAGCAGUGGGCUCUGAGCAUAAAGUCUGAUCCUCUUGUAUGUGUGAGCGCUUCAUCUAUGAGUGACUGCAUUGAAAAGAUCAAGAGGGAUAAAGUGGAUGCUGUGUCCCUGGAUGCUACGCAUGCUUUUAUUGCAGGGAAAUGUGGUUUUGUACCAGUAGUGACUGAGUAUUAUGGGAUGAAGUGUGACUUCACUGGAGGAGGACCUUUUGAGGCUAAAGACUUGUUACCAGUGUAUGGUGUGGCAGUGGCACGGCGCUCCAGUAGAAGUUUGUAUGUUGGGAAUCUCGCUGGCCGACGCUCUUGCCACGGGCCCGUGUACAGUCCGGCUGGUUGGGUUCUGCCUGUCCAGCACUCACUUAGUUCAGAGCACAACAAUAGCAAUGCCCCCUGUGAGCCAAACAAAGUGUACUCUAAAGUGUUUUGGAAGGGCUGUAUGCCAGGUGCAGAAGGAAGUCUGUGUAAGGUGUGUGUAGGUGGGACAGAGGAAGCUGCCACCAAACGUUGCUCCAACAACCACAAUGAGCGCUACUAUGGAAAUAUGGGAGCUCUGAGGUGUCUGGUUGGUGACCAAACUGGGAAAAGCUAUGGAGAUGUGGCAUUUAUGGAGCAUCACAACAUAGAGAGCAACAUCAAAUAUCUGAACAGCAGUGGCUGGGCCAAGGGUUGGGAUGCCAGGGAUUUUGAGUUGUUGUGUGCAGAUGGACAGCGGGCCUCACUGACAGAGUGGAAGAACUGUAACCUGGGAGCCAUUCCACCCAACAUUGUUAUGACAAGGCCUGUACUGGCUGCUCGUAUCUACGACUUCCUCAUGAAGUCACAGAAGACACGUCCAGAUUCUGAGUUCCAUCUGUUUGAGUCUCAGCAGUAUGGUGAAAGUGAUUUGCUCUUUAAAGAUGCCACACGUUGUCUGGUUCACACUAAUCACAUGGACUAUCGCACCAUACUAGGAGAGGAUUUCUUUUCACAAGUAGAAAGCAUUUUUAACUGCACAUAUUCAGACAUUCUGCAGUUUUGCAACCAAGAUGUGUGCAGCAUGUUCUGAACAAGCUGACAUAAUCAUACAGCAUCAGGAAUGUUUCAUUUUAUAAUCUCUAUUACUCAAUAAAUGACUCAAUUAAAUCCCACUGGUGUAUAUUACCACUGGUGUUUUACUGGUGUAUUAUGUAUUAAGUAAUGUUGUUGUAAGGUCAUGUUGUUUCUUGAAGCUGACUAAUGUUGGGGUGUUGUGAUGCAUGUACUGUAGAUACAAAGCAGUGGACUGUUACCACCUCAAACUGAGCUAUUUUCCAGUAACAGCAACCUGAAGUGUUACAUUCUUCACAUAAUUGUAAUCAUUACACUGUUUUCUGCUCUUAACUGCAGCAAAUUGCCAGCUAUUACAAAAUAUAUUAAUUAACAUAAUAGACUUUUUAAACAUUUAUAGUUAAUUAUGUGAAACAAGACAAGAAGUUGGUUCCUGUUUUUACUAAUGCUGUAGCAGUUAUAAACAACAAUUCCAUCACUAGCCUCGCUUUAUUCUCUCUUGAGCUUGGGACAACAUACACAGCAUGUUACUGAGAAACUAGAAAAUGUAAAGCUCUCUGUCUUCAAGACUUUCUCAUGGUGGAAAUCUUACUGAUCGCUACUCAAGUCCUGACACUUGUGACUUU